AUGAAUGGGGAUAUCCUUGCAUUCCAGGAAAUGUUGCAAUCACAACUCUCAAGCACUAGGUCGACAAGCUUCGGUAUACGUGACCUCUAUGAGAUCAUGAUUGAAGCUAUCGGACGUGAUGAGAUACAGUUUAUCAAAGCACUUUUCUGUCACAGCUUACCUAUGAAUCAGCUGCACGCCUUGCACGCAACAGAGGCGAAGGCCAAGAAUGCCCUCCAGAUUUUCCUUGACAAUGGAUGGGACAUCAAUCAACCAAUGGGCGAGCUUAACCAGUUCUCGGGUGAGUCCCAGAAUUUGAGCGCCUCGGAAUUUCUCAAACGUCACAGCUCAUUGGAUUUUACCUCUUUCAAUUAUGCCAUUGGAGACGAAGAUAUGACCGCGUGGCUUCUUCAUCGUGGAGCAGAUCCGAAUCGUCGGUGUAGUAUUGACCUCACUCCACUCUCACAUGCAGCUGAACCCGCCGCGAUAUCUACGAUCAGGCUUAUGCUAAGCUGUGGCGGCGAUGUUAAGAAAGGGCAGCUUCUUCAUCAUGCAAUUGAUCGACAACCGGAUGUUAUCGAGGUUCUACAACUCCUCAUCGAAGGAGGCGCGACUAUCAACGCAACCAUGUAUCAGGACGAUUAUUCUUCUUGGAGACUGUUCUAUUUUAUGCCCCUAGGCACAGCCCUACACAAAGCAGCUGAGCUUGGAAAAGUGGGUGUGGUCCGAUAUUUGAUCACUAAAGGAGCAGACAUGAGAAUUACAGAUGCCAAUGGUUGCACUGCCAAGGAGUGUGCGGACAAGUUAGGAAAGAGGGAAGUAAUACUGCCCUUUGAGAAAGAACAGUAG